CAGCAAGAGAUCUCUCUCUCGUCGAUCUAUCCUUAUCUCUCCUAUCACGCAAUCAUUACCUUAUCUUGAGGAAUAAGAACACGGACACCUGCUUGUCCCAAGCCUUAGUCAAUCCCAUAAAGCUACUUUUAGAGUUGCAAGAUAGAAGUUACUUAAACUUCUAUACUUCUGUAACAAGAGUGAGGCUCACAAAGCCGCAAGCAAGGCAUGGCUCUUUGUUCGACUUGAUGUCGUCAACCAUCCCUUUGUGUGCUUAUAGAUGGACUUGGCAAUGAUGGGAAUCGAUGGCGACUUAUCGAAUUAUGCUGCCCUGAGAGGGUACGGAGGCAAAUAUGGCUUGUUACAAAGUACACAUGCAUCGUCAGGACGAUGUCGACGACACUCUCGACGGCCUCGAAUUUUAAGCGGACCUGGUUGCAAGUUUUUUUGUGGACUAGGCUUCUCUUUCAAUCACUAUGUGAUAAUGUAUGGACAGGUGGAAGCACUUCAGAAUUGGGAAUAUUCGGCUCACCCGCUUUCCACGUCUCAACCAUCACCAUCACAACAACACUAGCAUAUAACCCUUCUUUAGCACCGCAAGGCUCCAUGUUUUCCUUGCUAGGGUGCUACAGCCGGGGAGCUGGUUCUCCAGAAGGAAAUCUCUUUGGAAAAGACGGUGAUGACUAUGCUGUCCCGACUAAGGUGCCUCCCGACAAGUUAACCAUCAGUGCUUGCCUCGAAGCCUGUACAGCAUUGAUUCCGCCAAAGAAGACUUCGGAUCACUACGGACUCGUUGGACUGAGUAACGGAAGUGAGUGCUUCUGCGGAUUAGAACUUGUAGCGGAAGCUCGUAAGCUUACUCUUGGGGCCUGCGACAUGCCUUGUACUGGCGACUCGACCCUCUCAUGCGGAGGAAGAGAUACUGUCGCCGUGUAUCGCUUCGUUGCUGCCAGCGAGGGCAAUACGGUGACAAAUAAAGGAAACUCCCAGGAUGACAGCUACAGCAGCGAUGUAGGAGAUGAGAGCAAGACCGCCCCUCUCGGAGUUUCGCUAUCUUCCGUCAUCGAUCCAAAUGCGUUUCUCAAAGCUACAGACGCCACAGAGCCUACCGAGACAGAAACCCUAGGCGAAUCACAAGAAGCUACAGACAAAGCAGCCAUGCCCUCGUCGCCGCCUCUUCCAUCUUCGUCAUCAGAUGCUCCUGACCAGUCAGCGAAAGGAUCUACCAUCGCCGCGGUAACAGGCAGUAUUUCAGGCGCUGUCAUCCUAGCAGCGUUCAUAGUUCUGUGCGUCAAAUAUUACAAGCGGAAGAAGCUCCAGCAGGCCGCCCAUCGCACAGAAGUCGUGCCCGAGAAGCAGCACGGCAAGGAUCACGACAAGCAGCUCCCGCGACGACCGAUCCCCAGCGCGAUCGACACCACGGGUCGUCAGCUGCUGGGUAGCGAAACCGAGCCCGAGCGUGUUGCUAAAGAUGAACGCGCACGCGCACGCGGACAUGCGAAAAGGGACGAGGAUCUUGCCUAUCUUGGUAGUUCCGGCCCGUCAGCAUCGGAUGGCGCGUACUUCGUGCCCACGACUCCGGCCCUCGAAUCCGGCACUCGCCUGCGCCACCCCGAGCACUCCUCUGCCCGCCUAUCAAUAGCACCGUCCCCCUCCUCGGACCGAGACACCCUGUACAACAGACUCCUAGACGAAGUCCGCUCUGGCCCCGUCUUCCCCGCGCCCUCCCCCUCGCCUUCCGGCCCGUCGUUGCAGCCGCCCCAGCAGCCCCCGUCGUCCGCCACCAGCUCGGCCGUCCAGUGGCGCAACCAGCCGCCGCUGACGCCGUCCGCCGGGUCCGCCGCGCAGUUCGACUUCGACUUCCACAACGCGAGCGCGAAGACCGCCACAGUGCCGAGCCCCGUUCUCCUUCCCGUUCCGCCUGCUGCUCGUCCCGAGGCCCCGCUGGGCGAUCGCGCUUGGCACAGACGCAAGAUCUCGGCGGCCUUCCAGCCGCCCGCUAGCGGCCCCCCGUCCAUGCCGCUGCCCCCGACGCCGCCGCGACGCACCGCGCAGGAGCAGCAGCAGCGGUUCGCCGAGCUGUCGCGGCUUUCGCUUACGCCUUCGCCUGCGCCGAGGGGGAAGACUAGUACUACUGGUGGUGGGAAGAAAAAAGGUCCUCGUGUCUCUGCGGUGCCGAAAGCGCUUCCCUUGGGAAUUGCUGAAUCAGCGAGCCAGGGCGCGAGCACGCGGAGAAUGUCGGCGCCGCAGUCCCCUGCGCUGAAGGACUCGCCUACCAUGCCGCGAGGACGAAGGGAUUCGCAGUAUCCGCGACGAGCCGGGGCCGCGCAGGGAGGAGUGGAGGAGGUAGGGAUGCAGCCGCUGCCGCCUCGAACGCCGGAUUCUCGAUCAUCCAGGGGCACGAUUUACACGGUGGGAGAAGAGAACCUGGGUGGUGAUGGUAGUGGUAGUGUAGCGGGAGGAGAGGAACUCUCACCGUCGUCGGUGAGUACAGUGGGAACGAGUAUUUUAUUCCCGUCUGAUGAUGAGGGCCAAUCGUAGCAUAACGUACCU